AUGGAGCCUGUUCAAGAAGACUUCAUGACUGCUUUACAGAAAAGGAAGAGAAAUCUUACGAAAAAAUUGGAAAGAAUAAAACUCAAGGAAGCAGAAGUGAAAGCUUCUGGGAAAGAAGUUAAAGGGGAAGAAAAGAAAAUGCUAGAUUCUAAAUCACAAACAGAAGAUUUCUUACUCUUUUUUGAUAAGAAAUAAUUUGAAAUAAUAGGAAAUCCAUUUUUAUUGCAUUUCAUUUUUUUUUAAUUAAUGUAAAUUUUUUGAUGAUGAGUGAAUUUAGCUGAAGUCGAAAAAAUUAUUGAACUCUGCAAAAACCCUCAGCCAGAAGCUCCAAAAGAAAAGAAGCCAGUUGAGCACAAAGUAGAAGAAGAUAGAAGCAUCGAUGCUGUCAAUUUAUGGGUCUUAGGAGAGUUCUUAAAGAAUUCAGAAAUUAAAGAUAAAUUCAAACAAGAAAAUCCAAGUGAAGGCGACCUAGAAUCAUUUCUCCACUUUCAUAGCGGCUGCAGAGGACAAGCUGGAGAUAGGUUUUCUACUAUUUUAGAUGACCUCCAAAAAUCGGUAAAGUCCUACCUUAAUCAAAGUGAUCAGGUUGCUCCUGGAACUCUUACUCAAGUAUAGCAUCCCGCGCGAUAUUUUUUUAAGAAAGACGUUUAUCUCCAUUGAAUAUUAAAAACUAUAAAAAUGUUAUUAAAUAAGCUUUCCAAUAUUUUUUAAAUAAAAGAAAACUAAAAUAAAAGAAUAUUUACUGCCAUAGUACAGAAGAAGAGCUAGAACAUAUAAAGGUCUUUAUGAAUUUGCAGCACGAGCUCAAAAGUGGUGCGAAACCCAAGUACGUCCAGAUGAGCCUGUAAAGCCAGAGUUAUCUUUGGAAACCACAGAAGUCCAUCAUCAUGUAGCUCAGCAAAACACUUUGCCGCCCCCUGAACCAGUUCAAGUUCAAGAGCCAGCAAAAGUUGAGGAGCCUGCUCCUGUUGAAGCAGUUGUGGAAGAAAUUCCUCAAAAGCCUGAAGAAGAAACGAAAGUAAUAUUAGAGCAUGGAGGAGUUAUCUCAAGCAAUUGGGCUGAUAUUGAGGAUGAGGAAGAAGAAGAACUGCCUAACCCUCUUCUAUUAUAAAUAAGACCAUUUCUAUUUUAAAAAAAAUUUUGGAUGCAGAUUUUAAUAUAAAUUUAAGAUAUGUUAUUAUAGAUUGAAGAGUAAGGAAGAAGUGAAGGAAGAUACAAAGAAAGUUGAUCCAGAAGACGAAGGUUUUGUUGAAGUAGGACGCAAAAAGCCUAAACGACAGCCUCCACCUCAAGAAGCUGAAAAGCCUAUUCUUUAUGACUCGAAUAUGAUUUUUCUAAUAAAGUUAAAUCUAAAGAUUAAUAGUACUAGAAAUCAAUAGAAAUAGUAUAGAGGAAGAGGAAAAUACAGAGGAAGAGGAGAGGGAAGAGGAGAGAGAAGACCAAGAAGACCAAGAGGUUAA